AUGACGGAUAGCAUGAAAGAGGAGCUGAGGAAGGCACCUUUUGUUGCGGUCAUGUUGGAUGAAACGACAGACAUUAGCAACGUGGCGCAGAUGUCAUAUGUGCUUCGAUAUGUCACUGACGAUGGGAUAAAAGAGCGUUUCUUCAAGUACGAAGAUGUGACAGAGGACAAACAAGCAGAGGCCAUAGCUACACGGCUGCUGGAGUUCCUGAGGGAGAGUGGCUGUAUUGACAAAGUGGUCGCGCAGUGCUACGAUGGAGCAGCUGUUAUGGCCUCUGGAUUGAAUGGGGUGCAAGCGAAAGUUAAGGAAACAAUUCCACAGGCCCUUUUCAUUCACUGCUAUGCUCACAUCUUAAAUCUCGUUUUGUCAAAUGGAGCUUCCAAGAUAAGAGAGUGUAAGGUCUUCUUCUCCCACCUCUCUGGCUUGGCCACCUUUUUCAGCCGCUCAGCAAAGCGCACCAAGCUACUGGAUGAUAUUUGCCAGCAUAGGCUUCCACGGGCAGCUCCUACUCGCUGGUGCUUUCAUUCUUGCUUGGUGUGCACAGUGGCAGAUAAGACCAGGGAAUUGAGAGAGGUGUUCGAGCACAUCGUAGACCAUCACACAGAGUUUGAUGACGAAACUGUUCAUUGCUCUGAUGGAUACAUCACCCUCCUUACCAGCUUCGAUUUCAGCUUUUGGUUGAAAACCUUCCACGCUAUCUUCUCCUACUCGGAUGUUGUUUUUGAAAUACUUCAGAACAAAGGUUUUGAUAUGCAGUUCUGCCUGGCCAGAGUGGAUCAGCUACAGCGACAAAUUGAACAGGAGAAGGGGAACUUUGACAGCGUCUACGAUAAAACCCAGGCUUUGGUUGGUCCUCCGCGCGGCCGUGGAGCUCAAGGAGACGUUCGUGCACGGUACAGGGAGCUCCACUGCAGCGUAAUUGACAGCCUGCUAACCCAGAUUUCCAACCGCUUCAGUGACCACAAAAAGCUGGAAUUCCUGGCCCUUCUGGACCCGCAACAGUUCGGGCAUUACUGUAACUAUUUCCCAACUGCUGCCUUGAACAGUUUGAUGGAGAGCUAUGGCGGAUAUUUCGACCAGCCUCGACUGCACACGGAACUCGCCGUGAUGUACGGCAUGUCUGACAUUUUGGGGAAAAGCCCAGCCGACAUUCAUCAGUUUCUCCUCAAAAAAGGACUGAGUGAAAGCAUGAAACAGGUGUACACCCUCUCAUGCAUCAUCCUGACAAUACCUGUGUCCACUGCCUCUGUGGAGAGGUCCUUCUCUGCGCUGAAGCGCAUAAAAAGCUACUCGAGGUCCACGACUGGGCAAGUCCGACUGUCAGACUUGGCCUUAAUUUCGAUCGAGAAGGAAUUGCUGAUUGCUUUAAAAGCAAAGGAUCACCUGCAUGACGACGCCAUCAAGUUCUUCAUCCAAAAAGACAGGAGGAUGGACUUUGGACAUCACACGGCAAGCAGCGGCGGCUACACCGUGGACCAGGAUAUUCAUUUGGCCGAUGCUGCUGAUCCGCCGCCCUGUCACGUGGCAGCGGGGCAGAGGUUCUCAGCCUGCUGCCUGUGGGAGCAGAUGGCUGCCACGCUCCGCCGCCAUGGUCAUCACCAGGGGGAAGUCCUGGCGGACAGACCUGGGCAGUGGACUUCCAUGGGCGGUGGACUUCCAUGGAUGACGGACCCGGAAGUGCCCGACAACGAGAAGUCCUCGUCAUCCUCCUCCCCGGCAAACGGAGCCAUUCGCCCCGCUGGAAUGGCGAACGUGAAUGUUCUAGAAAAUCAAAAGCCUCUGGCAGAAAACACUCCAGAAGGACCUGCAGAAGACGUUCAGUUUGACCACCUUCCUUAG